AUGGAAGGUGCGUGCCUGUGCUUACUCAAAUCCGCUUGCCAGUGCCUGGCAAGGGAGGCGACAUCAAGUGCCGCCAAAGAGAUGGCCUUGCAGGCUGGCGUUCAAGAGGACGCCAUGAUCCUGGCGGAAGAGCUCGGGGAGAUGCACAAGUUCCUUGCAGAUGUGGACAAGUAUGAGGAGGCUCGUGGAGAGAUGGAUCCGAGCGGUGAUGCUGAGGAGGCACCGGCACGGCGGUGGGUGGACAAAAUCCGGGACAUGGCAUGCGACAUCCAAGACUGCCUCCUGCAGCUCGCCCCUCACCGGGAGAGGCCGUCCUUGUGGAGGUUCCGGUGGACCUCUCUGGCUCCACGGCACUCUAUCGCCGCCGAGCUCAAGGACUUGGUGUCCCAAGUUAAUCGCGUGAGUGAGAGGAGGGAGCGCUAUCAAGUCGCCCGCUUCAUGGCGGCAUUGAGGAAGCCACCGGUCAGUCUGGUAGAGGAGGCGCGGCUGGCAACGGAUAUUGACCACAAGUUUGAUCUUGGCCAGCUGCUUGCGUGGCCCGAUGAAUCACUAUUGGUAAUCUCUGUAUGGACAAUGGCAGGCAUCGGAAAUGGAGACACCACUUCUCUCAUCGGCCUAGUCUAUGACGAUGCCAAGAUGUUCCAGUGCCGUGCAUGGGUCACGGCUACCCACCCCAUCAGCCUCACCGAGUUCCUGCGGGGCUUGGCGAGGCAGCUCCUGGCAAAUGAAAACAAUUGCAUGCCGCCGGUGUCGCAGAGCACACUCGGUUUCCUCGGGGAUACUGAGAGGAUGGGGACCGAGGAGCUGAUGAUGGUGGUAGCAAACCACCUUGACGAGAAGCGGUACCUGGUCAUCAUUGAAGAUGUAUGCGCGAGGCCCACGUGGGACUGGAUCAAAAUCCUCUUCCCGGAUCAUAUGAAUGGCAGCCGGAUCAUAGUAUCAUCUCAGAGAGCUGAUGUGGCGAGGCAUUGCGCUGGGCGGCUGAGCAGAUCCUUCACCCUUGAAGGAGUUUCAGAUAAUGACGCACAGCUUUACGUCUCUUCCAACCAGGCUGCCACCACUAAUGAAGCAAAUGUUGUUAUAAAAAUAGAGCCAUACUCAGAGUUGGUUGGCAGGAAGGCGGAAGUUGCUGAUUUAACUAGAAGGAUAUUAGAGGAUGGUCCUGACUGCUACCCAAUCUCCGUGUACGGGGCUAGUGGUAUCGGAAAGAGUGUCCUUGUCAAGAAAGUUAUUUACGAUAGCCUAGAGAUGUCUACGAGGUUUGAAAUGCUAGCAUGGAUCACCAUGAUGCGUCCUUUCAGUCAGGAGGAGUUCUUACGAAGCAUAAUUUCACAAUUCCUUGCAUGCUCCCCAGGAGGGAGGCAAGACUCUGUAAGUCGCACCAGUAACAUGUCUGGUGACAAAUUGGUGACUAAGAUUCUUCAGCUCAUGGAAGGAGGGAGAUCUCUAGUAGUCCUCGAUGGGCUGUCAGCAGACGAAGAAUGGGAUCAGGUGAAGUCGUGCUUAUGGGAUGAUGGUAAUGCUAAACAUAGCUGCACUAUAGUCGUUACCACGACAAAUGCUGCAGUUGCUCAUUAUUGUUCAGGGAAUAAAGACACUCUAUGCAAGUUGGAUCCUCUUGACAGCGCCGCAGUCCGUCAAUUGUUCUAUCACAAGGUAUUUAAGCGUGAUGGGCUAAUUGAGUUGCAUAAACCAAUGGUUGAUCUUGCUGAUCACAUCAUAAAAAAAUGUGAUGGGGACCUUUGUGCAAUCACUAUCAUAAGUGGACUUCUAGGCACCAAAACUCGGACAUCAGAAGCAUGGAACAGCGUGCUAGAACGUUAUGACUCAGAGUUAAGAAAUAAACCUGACCGGGUUGCUACAGCAGCAGCAAAAUUGAGCUAUGUUGAUUUACCAUCCCAUAUGAAAUAUUUGCUACAAUAUAUUAGCAUUUUUCUGAGAGGCUACAGCAUAACGCGCAGAAGAUUGGCAAGUGCGUGGAUGGCAGAAAUCUACAGCAAGAAUAUAAGAGAAGAUAAUGCUGAGGAACUUGAGAAGAUCUUUGAUGGCCUGGUUAUGAGGGGUAUUCUUCAUCCAUUGAAACGAGCAGAAACAACUGGCGGAAGAGUAAAUGUCUGCCAGGUUGAUGAUUUGUUUCAACAACUCGGUGGCUCGGAAGUGAAAUCGGGUGUGUCUAUCCACAUCCUUGAUGAGCACACUGUGAAUAGAAACUCUACAAUCUCCCAACCCAGACACCUAGUGGUUAAAAGCGGGUGGAUAAGACAUGAUGAUGAGUUCAAGAAAAUAGACCACUCUUGUGCCCGGUCACUAACAGUUUUUGGGGAGUGGAGUUCCUUUUUUAUUUCACCAAGCAUGAAGUUGCUAAGGGUGCUUGAUUUGGAAGAUACUGCAGGUCUGGUGGAGCAUCAUGACCUUGAGCAAAUUGGGGAUUUUCGGCACCUUAAGUAUCUGGGUCUCAGGAACACCGGCAUUUCCCAUCUACCUAACUCUUUGGGGAAGUUGCAAGGCCUUGAGGUAUUAGAUAUCCGGGGCACUUACAUCGCCAAGCUGCCAUCUACAAUCAUUCAUCUCACUGGGCUGUGCCAUCUCCGUGGUGGUACAAUGGCGACAUCAAUGGAAGGCAAUUCUCAGCUUGAUUUUAGCUGUGAAGUGACCAGUUGUUGUCCCCAGCCUCUCCAGUGUGCUGCUUCAUCUGCUUUCCGCAUGUGUUUGCUACAUCCGUUUCAGAGGGACAAACCACAUGGUGUGCGUGUCCCGAAGAUGAUUGGGAAACUGAAGUUUAUUACUACACUGGGGACCAUUGAUGUUACAGGCAACAGUCGAAGUGCUAUGAAGGAGCUACAGAAGCUAACACAGUUACAGAGGUUAGGUUUGAUUGGGGUUACUAAACACAACAGCAAGCAUCUCUGCUCCACUCUUGAGCGACUCCAGGAUCUGCGGUCAUUGAUGGUUCACUCUGGAGAUUCACUCGGAAGAUUAGAUACUGUUUCCCCACCUCCACACCAUCUUGAAACAUUGAAACUAUAUGGCAGUCUUGGCACGCUCCCAAGGUGGAUCAAGACCCUUCAUAAUCUCCAAAAGCUAUGCCUUCGCACAACACUCCUGGACAGUGAUGCUGUACAGAUCAUCUCGAAGCUACCCAAGUUGAUCAUGCUACGCCUCUUGGCUAAAUCAAUUAUGGUGGAGGAAAUGGAAUUUCAAAGUGAUGCAUUUCUAAAGCUUGAGCUGCUCCAACUUGACCGGUUAGAAAAUCUCAUGUCGGUAUCAUUUCCAGGAGGAGCACUGCCAAACCUGGAGAUACUGCUUGUCAAUAACUGCAACCUUUUAAGCGGGCAUGUCCUGCGUCAGUUUCACAAGCUCCCCAAAAUUAAAAAGGUGUUGCUGGAUGGCUCUACCGAUCUGGAUCGAAAUGAACGAGCUGCUGCGUUUAAGAAACAUGAGGAGGCGAAGGCAGAGGUAAUACAGAAAAUCAGAGCUCAAGCACAUAUAAUUCGAGCUGCAUUCGCGUUCAAGGAGGCAGCAGCAGCAGCACGCAAUUGA